AUGGAUACUUGGAAUGAUAAAAAAGACUCGAUGGAUCCGAAUAACGGCAACAAGUAUGAGCUUAGGUCACAAAGUAAUCAUAUUCGUAAGUUGCUAAAGAUGUGCUUCCAAAAUACCUUGGCGAAGAAAGUGGAUGAUUCUAAUGACGCUGACUCGGAUGAUAUCGACUCUGAUGAUUCCGAAAAUGAAGACGAUGAUGGAAACAGUUCUGAUGAGGAUUAUUGUGAAGGAGAAGAAGAUACAGAAGAUGAGAACUUUUAUGAAAUAGUGUAUGUAGACGAAGCAGAUAGUGAAGGCGAUGAUGAGGAGUACACUGAUGAUAAUGAAGAUGAUGAAUAUGAGGAGGACAUUGAUAAUAUUGAAGCUGCUGAGACUGAAGAAGAAGUUUGUGAGAAGCAAGUUACUUCUCCGAAAGGGAACGAAACACAAGAGUACUCCAUGUACCAUUGA